AUGUCCUACGAAUACUCGCUUGAUGCAACCCAAAUGACACCAGCCACAUUAUGCGAGCGAUAUUCCGGGUCGGACGCUUCCGCAUCGCCUCUUAGUUACUGCGGCCCUCAAGCAAUGAGUGCUACGUCAAGCCAUGGAUCAGUUUUAGAUUUCGGGACAGGUCCAGAUAACAUGAACACGCAAAUGUACAACUUCUUGCCGAAUACUCCUCGCUCAGACCCCGACAUCAUGAUAAAGGAAGAGCCCGACGCCGACUACCCGGAUGCACAGUGUCUGGAGUACACGAAGCCAGCUCAGCUACCACUCUUUGCGCCAGUAGCGCAGCAUAGGACAAAUCGUUUCCGGCCCAAGUUCAAUUUCUUCGACGAAGGGGACGCUAGCGAACCGAUAGUGGCAGAUCAUGAUCUCGAGACCAACUUGUCUCCGGGCCCUUCGGCGUUUCAGCUUGGUGAACUCCCUCCAUGGUCGAGGGAUAACGCCUCAGCAGACCACGAACAACUCAAGGUCCCGUCAGCGAGUGGCCGGCAAUGUACGAUAUGCGGUGCCCAGUUUACGCGUCGUUCGAAUUGCCGAGAACACGAGAAGAGACACGAUCCCAGUAACAGAAAGUCAUUUGCUUGCGGAGUUUGCGGCAAGGCGCUCGGGCGGAAGACUGAUCUGAAGAGACAUGUAGAUAGUGUUCAUCGCGGGAUUCGCAAGUAUGGCUGUGAUGAAUGUGGGGCACGCUUUACUCGACAGGAUACGCUUGCGAGGCACAUAUCAGACGGAUGCAGACGAACCGAUCGAGGGUCUAGUGACUCGAGAGCAGCCGAGCGCCACUCCUCUGUCGACAACCAAACCACCAUCCAAAGUCGUUGA